AUGGCUGAGAAAAAGAAAAUUAGACAUCAGGCAUUGGUAUCUGCAGAAGAUGGGUCAGAAAAUCAAGGAGGUGAACUGUCCACAAGAGAAGCGGUUGCUGAUCAAAGUUCAAAACCUUUAAGGUCAAUGGAUGCAAGUGAUGCAUGUAUCGUCAUAAGAUUUUUGAAGGAUAUGAAGAUUCUUUUGCUCAAUAAAGUUUUUGUUGUGAAUGUUUUAGGUUAUAUUGCCUAUAAUUUCGUCGUAGGUGCAUAUUCCUAUUGGGGACCCAAGGCGGGUUAUAAUAUAUAUCACAUGAAAAAUGCGGAUUAUACUUUUGGAGCGAUUACAGUAGUUUGCGGAAUAUUGGGAUCACUAUCAGGUGGUUUUGCUCUUGAUUAUAUGACAUCCACAAUUUCCAAUGCUUUUAAGAUGGCACUGCAAGUGAACAGCCGCCUUCUCUACACCAACAAUGAGCUGUUUUUAAAAGCAAAGGCUUAA